UUUGUCUCCCUGGUUUGUGCUGAUUCCGGUUGCCUGGAAUAUUCACUUAAUUUAGCUAACUGCAGGUGGAAAACACAGUUUCAAAGUUUAUUUAUCAUAUUCUAAGUUUUCCAAAUUAGCUAUAGGAACUUUACGAGAUUUCAAGAUGAACAGAGUUAUGCCCAAGAUAUUUGUGUAUGGGACGCUAAAGAAUGGAUUCCCAAACCACUAUUUACUGAAAAACCCUCCAAAAGGAAAAACAACGUUUGUGGAACAUGCUGUAACGAAGGAGCGUUACCCUCUUGUUAUAGGCACAGAUGCUAAGAUACCCUUCAUGCUUCCUAUUCCUGGUCAAGGAAAGAAUAUCAAAGGAGAAAUCUAUGAAGUUGAUGAGGAAGCCUUAGUUCAUCUUGAUAAACUAGAAGAUCAUCCUUCUUGGUACAGAAGACUGCCAUGUCAAGUUGUUCUAUCAAACGCAGAAGAAUUAAAUUGCGAGACGUAUUUUCUUAUGAACAGCAAACAAGAGCUACUUGAUAAAGAAUUCCAUGAAGAAUAUAGUUUAGAUCAAGGAAAAGAUUAUAAAGAAGUUAGUGGUUGUCCAAGAACAGAGUUGCUGAGGUCUCAAGUACAAACAGCACCUGCAUUGGAUUGAUAUAUGUAUACAUAAUUUUAAUUUUAAAAUGCUAUUGGACAUUAUUACAAUAAUGUUAAUCUCAUUCAUGCACAUUAUUAGUUACCAUUUUGCAAUUACCAUUUUUCACUGUAACGGUUAUUACUGUAACAAUUAUUGUUACACUAAAUGGGCCUGGAAGAAAAACUGAAAAAGUGUGUGUGUGAAAGGGAGUUAAAUAACUUUUCAAUUUUUACUUCCCUACAUCUUUUCUUUCAAUCCACAGCCUCACUCAUUUUUAUUUAGCUAGAAAACGAAGAUAGAAAAACCAAGAGGUAUUUUCUAUCUUUUGAAAUUAACUGAGAAUAAUUAAGUCCCUUUGUUUUAAAGAUCUAAAUUAAUUGUUCAAUUUUCUUGGGGGUUUGCAAAUGGAUGCUGUCUUAUGCUUUCUAAACUUUGGCUCAAAUUUGGAAAAGGCAAUACUUAUACAGACUGCCCAUGAUAUAAACUUGUAAUUUAAUGAUUGAGGUAUUUUUAGAAAUGAUGGAAGUUACAAAUACAAGUUUCUUCCUUCAAAUACUAAGUUCCUUGUUGGUUGUUGUUACAUUCAUAAUAGUUUGUUUUAUCAACCAUAGAUUUAAUAAUAUGAUCUGAGCUUUUGGCCUACUCGGCCAUCCUCAGGGAAAUGAAAAACGUUACAAUUGACAAAGAAAAAGAAAUCAAACCAUGGCAUAUGUGCAUGCCGCAUUAAAUUAAACAAAUUUGCGCGCUUAGAGGAAAAAAA